GGGCGGGGCCUGACCCAAACGCUGUGCUGGGCGGCUGCUGACCCUGUGGCAGGGAGCUGCCCGGGUGACAGGGUCAAGAGGCUGGUGUGCUGCCACGCUAGCUUCGUGAGCUCCUGCACCCACUCCAGCAGCACUCACUGCCCGGCGUCAUGCCCUCCUACACGGUCACUGUGGCCACCGGCAGCCAGUGGUUCGCGGGCACCGACGACUACAUCUAUCUCAGCCUCAUUGGAUCUGCGGGAUGCAGCGAAAAGCACCUGCUGGACAAGGCCUUCUACAACGACUUCGAGCGUGGCGCGGUGGACUCAUACGAUGUCACUGUGGAUGAAGAACUGGGUGAGAUCCAGUUAGUCAAAAUAGAGAAGCGUAAAUACUGGCUGCAUGAUGACUGGUACCUGAAGUACAUCACACUGAAGACACCCCAUGGGGACUACAUCGAGUUCCCAUGCUACCGCUGGAUCACAGGCGAGGGCGAGAUCGUCCUGAGGGAUGGACGUGCAAAACUGGCCCGAGAUGACCAAAUUCACAUCCUCAAGCAGCAUAGGCGGAAAGAGCUGGAAGCACGGCAGAAACAGUAUCGGUGGAUGGAGUGGAACCCUGGCUUCCCUUUGAGUAUUGAUGCCAAGUGCCACAAGGAUUUACCCCGAGACAUCCAGUUUGAUAGUGAAAAAGGGGUGGACUUUGUUCUGAACUACUCAAGAGCGAUGGAGAACCUGUUCAUCAAUCGCUUCAUGCACAUGUUUCAGUCUUCCUGGAAUGACUUUGCUGAUUUUGAGAAAAUCUUCGUCAAGAUCAGUAACACUAUUUCUGAGCGAGUCAAGAACCACUGGCAGGAGGAUCUCAUGUUCGGCUACCAGUUCCUGAAUGGCUGCAACCCCGUACUCAUCAAGCGCUGCACAGAGUUGCCCCAGAAGCUCCCAGUGACUACAGAGAUGGUGGAGUGCAGCCUAGAGCGGCAACUCAGUUUAGAACAAGAAGUACAGGAAGGGAACAUUUUCAUCGUGGACUACGAGCUUCUGGACGGCAUUGAUGCCAACAAAACUGACCCCUGCACACACCAGUUCCUGGCUGCACCCAUCUGCCUGCUUUAUAAGAACCUCGCCAACAAGAUUGUUCCCAUUGCCAUCCAGCUCAACCAAGCCCCUGGAGAGAAGAACCCAAUUUUUCUUCCUUCGGAUGCAAAAUAUGACUGGCUUUUGGCCAAAAUCUGGGUGCGUUCCAGUGACUUCCAUGUCCAUCAGACGAUCACCCACCUUCUGCGUACACAUCUGAUGUCUGAGGUGUUUGGUAUUGCCAUGUACCGCCAGCUGCCUGCUGUGCACCCCAUUUUCAAGCUGCUGGUAGCCCAUGUGAGGUUUACCAUCGCCAUCAACACGAAGGCCCGGGAACAGCUUAUCUGCGAGUAUGGCCUUUUUGACAAGGCCAAUGCCACCGGGGGUGGCGGGCAUGUGCAGAUGGUGCAGAGGGCUGUCCAGGACCUGACCUAUUCCUCCCUGUGCUUUCCGGAGGCCAUCAAGGCCCGGGGCAUGGACAGCACUGAGGACAUCCCCUACUACUUCUAUCGAGAUGAUGGACUGCUGGUGUGGGAGGCCAUCCUGUCGUUCACAAGUGAGGUGGUGAACAUCUACUACGAGAAUGACCAAGUGGUGGAGGAGGACCAGGAGCUGCAGGAUUUUGUGAAGGACGUUUACGUGUAUGGCAUGCGGGGCAGAAAAGCCUCAGGCUUCCCCAAGUCCAUCAAGAGCAGGGAGAAGUUGUCUGAGUACCUGACUGUGGUGAUCUUCACAGCCUCGGCCCAGCAUGCAGCUGUAAACUUCGGCCAGUAUGACUGGUGUUCCUGGAUCCCCAAUGCUCCUCCAACUAUGCGGGCCCCACCGCCCACGGCCAAGGGUGUGGUGACCAUCGAGCAGAUCGUGGAUACUCUACCAGACCGUGGCCGCUCAUGCUGGCAUCUAGGCGCAGUGUGGGCACUGAGCCAGUUCCAAGAAAAUGAGCUGUUUCUGGGCAUGUACCCAGAGGAGCACUUCAUUGAGAAGCCAGUGAAAGAAGCCAUGAUCCGAUUCCGCAAGAACCUGGAGGCCAUCGUCAGUGUGAUUGCUGAACGCAAUAAGAACAAAAAGCUCCCCUACUACUACCUGUCACCAGACAGGAUUCCCAACAGUGUAGCCAUCUAAGCCUGGCCUUCCCUGGUCCAGCAUCUCUCCAGAAAGGCCAGUGGCUUUACCAGCCAAACCCCAGCUUGCCUGGCAGGCUCUAAGGUGGACCUUCGGGCAGCUGGUGCCUCUUCCUUCCCAGUUAGCAGUGCUGCUCCUGGGCCUGGCUGUUCGAGGAUGGGGGAUAUCACAAAGCUUCAGCACAUGCUCCUGCUUCUUCCUGUCUUUGGUGGAAGUAUGUACACAGUACAGAGACCCCACCACCACCUGGCGUGGGGCUGUGUAGCUGUGACCCCCAGCCCAGCGCCUCCACCCUAAGUAGCAACCGUGCAGCAGAGUUAGUGACGCCUGUUCUGGUUGGGUCAUGGUUACCUUAUUCUGUGUAUGUUUGGUCCAGUUGCUCGCGCAUAGUAGGUGCCUAAAGGAACUUCUUAAAGAGUUUGUUGUACAAUCCAGGUGUCAUUCCACAUGCCAUGUUCCAGCCACCCCCAAAUUCCCUGUUCUCCUUCGAUCACCAAUAAAAACCCAAAGUCUACUACCUUCCCCAGCUCCCAAGAUCUUUCCCACCUCCACACCAAUAGCCCCUUUCUAGUUUUGUGGACUCUACGGGUAUUCCAUAUUAAACACACAAAUCUAAAGAUUUGAAUUCAUGCUAAGAUCCAUAUAUGACUGAGAACAUGUGACAUCUGUCUUCCUGUUUCUGGUCACAUCACUCAGUAUAGUGCGUCCCAGUUCUAUCCAUUUACCUGCAUAUUUUGUUUCUUUGUAGAUGAACAAAAUUCCGUUACACAUUUUCAGUAUCCAUUCACCAGCUAAAGGACCUCUUGGCUAUUCCCUAGAUUCUGCUAUUGCCAUCACAAAUGAGCAGCCUUCCCUAAAGAAGGGGAGCCCUGGAAGGGCAGGGCAGCCACCUCAUCUGUUCCUGUGUCCUGGGCUAGCACAGGCAUCCAUGUCUGCAUCCCCCCUUCUUCCAGCAGGGCAUCUGGCUGAUGCUUGCCCCUUGAGGCAGGCUUGUUGUGACUAAAGGAAGUAACCCAGACACCAAAGCCAAUGCCACCCGGAUCUUAGCAUCUAUUCAAAUCCUCUUCUGCUCUUACCUUGGACGCCCCUCUCCCCACGGCCUCACUAUUCUUUACUGAUGUGUGUGGGCUGGAAAGGGCAUCCUUGUUUCCCCACUGGAAAACACUCUCAUCACAAACUUCCUUUGUAAAGAAAAGCUUUAUUGCUACCUUUAGACACCCCGUGUACAGCACAAACAAAUCCCCUGCACUGAGAAUUAUUCAAGCGGUAAUACUGAGAAACAGUGAACAUACACAAAAGGAUUAAAAAAUUAGACAUUUAGAUUACUAGAAAUUGUCUAAGAAAAAUUUUAAAUGUGAAGUGCUUUUUAGAAACUACACUACACACACCAGUGUAAAUUUGGUUUUUAUUAACAAUCCAUUUUAAACAUGGCAUCUAAAUGUGCACCAGUUACACACCUUCAUCAAUCACUUCCAACACAAAGACAAAUGCCCCAUCUCCCGAUGCUCUGGGCUUUUCCUGGGCUACUGAUACAAGCUGUAUUAUUUCAAACCAGGUUUAAUGGGGUGGUAUUUCAAAUAUGCAUGUGCAUCUAACCACACCCACAAGAUUAUAGCUCUUUACCCUGCCCAUCUGGUCUUUGGCCUCCUGUCAUUUAGACACCACCCAAGGCCUUGAACUGUUCCCUCCCCCACUGCCUGAGGUCUGCACAUCUGAGUCCAGGUGGAGACACCCACAGGUUUGGAAACUAGGCCUCCAUGACUAAAGAAUGUGCUAAAGGCAGAAGGGAGAAACAAAGAGACCUGGAGUAAGGAGAGAACUUUACACCAUUUCCAGGAAAUUCUUACAAUAAACUUGGGCAUAACCCCACCUCUUUAUUUGUGGCAGCUGAAGUCAAAGGUGUGCCAAUGGGUCCAUGACAUAUGGGGCAAAGGCCAGGUUAGGGCUGACAGUGACACCCUGAGACUAUUUCCUUCUUCUGCAUUUGACACACAAGCUUAAGCCCUCCUGGCCCAGGCAUCCAUCAUCCUAGAUCUGCUUGGUUCAGCCAUAUGCCAUCUUCCCACUACAUCCAGGCUCAAGCUGAGGAGAAAUGAAGUAGACAGAUAACCCUGCAAAACUAUUCAGAAGGCAAGCAGACACAGACUAGGGGAGCCUGGGCAGACCCGGAGCCCUGCCAUCCUGCUUCACAGCACAUGCCUUGUCGGUCUCCUGGGCUGAGUCACCAACAGGUACAGCUGUGUGCUAGAUUAGAGAGCCUGUAGGGAAAAUGAGGAAGGGGUAGCUGGGAGGGGAAGGAUGAACGACAGAGUAGCCGGAGAAGAGAUGGAGUUAGGCCUUCCUGAAAUGAAGAGAACAACAUGAAAGCCAUGGUUCUACGUCACGUUAUCUAUGUGGGGUACAAGGCCCCUGGGACAGCUGUGCAGGACUACCCCCAAUGAGG